AUCAAUUUGUCCAUCCGCAACCGCAAUCCCCUCUCUCUCUCUCUCUCUCUCCUCGCUCUGGCUCAGCUCCACUCUGCGCGCUCCCUGUCUCUGUUGAGUUUGCUCCACGCUGCUACCGUACCCAGAAGGAAAAAAAAGGUUUUUUUUUAGAGGUAAAAGCAAAGACGAGCUGGAGGAUGGAGAGGCAGCUGGAUUGGACUAUUUUGUAGGGGGGAUCAACGCCCAUAGUAAGUAGACUGCAAUCGGAGGAGCAGGGAACGUUGGUGUUGCUGUCCGAGGCCGAAAGGAGUUUGCUCCAUUAAUGACCAACUGAGCUCCCGAUCCUCUUACUUCACUUGUUGUAUGCUCGGUCACUUUAUAGUUGAUCUGAUCUGAUCUCUUCUCAUAGACACUUGUUUCUCCUUUACUGCUUUGUUCGGUUUUCCUGAGGAAGGCGAGGUUGUAAUGACAGCUAAGGAGAGUAGGGGUUGUAACAUGGACGUGUACGAGGCGACGCGGGUGGUGAUGGCGAGGAUACAGAGCUUGGAUGUGGAGAACGCAGCCAAGAUCAUGGGCUAUGUUUUGAUUCAGGAGCAGGGCGACAAGGAGAUGAUCCGUCUCGCCUUCGCCUCCGACGCCCUGCUCCACUCCGUCGUCCUCAAGGCUCGCGGGGACCUCGGCCUCACCGGACCGCCGCUUCCAUCCGCUUCCCCUUCCUUCUUCAGCCCUCGCGGCAACCAGAACUCCUCCCGCUUUUCCUCCCUCGCCGGAGUCCCCUUCCCCACCUCGUUCGCUCCUUCGCUGGCUUUCUCCCGCUCCGGUGGAAGCUCCGACGAACUCCGAGGCUUCAACGAGCUACUCAGUUCCCACGGCGGUGUCGCUGCCGGUGAUCCCACCAUCGACGAGUUCCAACUUCAAGAUCAUCUCUCCUUCCUGAGCGAUCCUGCCACCAGCGACCGCUCACAUCCUAUUGACAACAAAUCUUCCGCCUCCGGUGAUCUCUCCUACCCUGAUGUGCUGUGCCGUAGCUCCAGCGGCGGCAUAGACGGGGUUCCGUUUCCUUACAGGGUAGGAUGGGGGGUCAACGUAAAUCACCAUCGCCGGAGCUGGUCUGCUACCGACCUCCCGCUCCGUUCUUACUCCGCCACCGGGGGAAUCGGCUGUAAGCCGUGCCCAUAUUACUCCAGAGGUUACUGCAAAGAAGGCUCCGCGUGCCGCUUCCUUCACGGCCUUCCGGAGGAUACCAUAACGGCGGCCGCCCAAAGCCAGAGGAUCAGUGGCGCGUCACAGCUAACGGCGUCAGCCUUCCCAUACUCUCCCAUAGGUUCGCUCCCGUCGUCUCCAUCAACGACCACCAAAUCACUCGACUUCUUGCUCCAACAGCAGCAAAAUGAAUGCCAAAGGGCCGCAGCGGCGGCGGCGGCAGCAGCUCUGUUGCGAAUACCGAUUGAAAGAAGCGACUUAGCAGCAAUGGUAAAUCCAGGCUCGAGGCAGAUCUAUUUAACUUUUCCCUCAGAUAGCACUUUCACUGAAGAAGACGUCUCUAACUACUUCAGCAUCUAUGGACCCGUUCAGGAUGUGAGGAUCCCGUAUCAACAGAAGCGAAUGUUUGGCUUUGUCACCUUCAGCUACCCGGAGACAGUGAAGCUGAUCUUAGCCAAAGGGAAUCCACAUUUCGUCUGUGACGCUCGGGUUCUUGUCAAGCCUUAUAAGGAGAAGGGCAAAGUUCUCGACAAGUACAGGAAACAACAGCAAGGUGAAAGGGGCGAUUUUUAUGGCUGCACUACUCCCACCGGCAUUGAAUCUAGAGGAGAUCCUUAUGAUCUUCAACUUCUCGGAGCUAGGGUUUUGUACAACAGCGGUAGCCAGGAGCUGCUGCGAAGGAAGCUGGAGGAGGAGCUGCAAGCUAUCGAAUUGCAGCGGGAAAUCAAAUUGCAAGCAAGAAGGUUAAUGAGUCUUCGGCUCCAUGAUCUCAAGAACCGUAGCCUUUGCUCCUUUCCUCCAGUUUCCAUCAACUUUCCUACUAGCGCAGCUCCUGCAUGUAUCAGUAUACCUACAGUUGACUCAAGUAGAAAUGGCAGCUGUAGCAGUAGUAGCCAAGAACACUCUCCGAUUGGAGGUGCAGACCUGAAGUUGAACACCUCUAAUUAUUUCUCCUCCAAGGCAGUCAACUCUGCUGAUCAAAAUGAAGAUAGCAGUGUCGACCAAAGCAUCGAUCAUAACUUGCCCAAUAGCCCUUUUGCUUCACCAACCAAGUUAUCAAUCAUCAAUGCUGCGGAUCCAUUCGCACUCGAAGCAGACAUGGCCUCCUACAAAUCAUGUUUCUCGCCGAUGACAAGAGAACACAACUAGUUUAACAACCUUAAUUAUCAGUUGCAUCAAGCAAUACUACUAGUUGAAACAUGAGUCUUUUCUUUGCUUCUAGGUUGUCUUCCAGUUCUGGAGCCAUUGGAAUGUAGAGUUGAGCUUAGCUUUCCUCAAAUAAGGCAAGAAUAGCUCUCUUCUAUCAUAUGGAUUUUAUGAAUAGUUCCUUACUGACAGGAUACAAAAGCCAUGGGCAAGUGCAAGCUUCUGCAAAGGAGAAGGUGUUACCACUAGUAAUCAAGCAGUCACCCAGCGUACUAAUACUACUAGCUAUAGUUGCUUAUCAAAACCUCAGAAACAGAGAAACAAACAAACAAACAAACAGAAGAUAAACAGUACAGGCAUCAAGGCAACAAAGUGAUUUCUGGAGAGCUGAGCAAGAAAAAUGCACACCGCAGGAAUCAAAUGGGGGAGCAAUCCCCGCCGCUUUUGGUCACUUUCUGUCAUCUUUGGUUGUGACGAACAUAUAGACAGAAAUGUACUACUAGAACGUUAUAAAAUAGAUAUACUAUACAGUGGCUUUUUUUUUUUGUUGUA